AUGGUGCAAUUGUGUGGGGAGAAAAGCGAGAAACGGGGUCGCCGGUUCAGCAUCAACGACAACCAAGACGUGGUGGCAGAGGUCCCCAAGAGGCUGGACGACCGGUCCCUGGUGGCGGCGGCGGGCGUCUGCCGCCUAUGGCGGGGACUUGCCCGGAGCAAAGCCCUUUGGGAGUACCUCUGCUUUCGCCAGCUGGCGCUGCCGCCCGACGGGGUGCGGGCGCUGGUGGCGGCGCUCGGGGGAUACCGCCGCCUCUACACUGCUUGCGUGAGGCCGCUGCUCAUAAGCAGGCGGCAGCGGCGGGAAAGGAGCGCGUGGACCCCAAACGAGGCUGAGCUGUCGCUCGCUGUCCUUCUUCUGCGUAGACUAUUACCAGCGAUUGCUGCUGGCAGAUCAGCCGCCGCGUGUUAUUCCGAUGCGGACCCUUAA